AUCGAUUCGACAUAUCGACAUCUGCCUGUUGGGGUUGUUGUUUUUUUUGUCACAUCUGCACAUUUAAGGACGGGCUCAAAUAUCCGCCCCUCGCUCAGAAGGAAUACAUUCAGCAAGUUGCCACGAACUGGAGGACGCGGCUGAGCGGGGUGACGUUUCCUCUCACGUAAACCUGUUGUCUGGGCUCAGCCGCUCACCUGAUCGCUCACCUCUCCAGCGCCGCGCGGGGUGAAACGACAAGGAAGAAGCGUGAGAGGUGAUCUCUCUUUCCCCCCCCUCCCCUCCUGAGGUCCGCUGGCUUGGACGCACUGAGCGGGCGGUGUGUGUGUGUCUGUGUGUGUGAGAGUGUUGCUGUUGGCAUUGAUGCGCUUGCACGGCGUGCACAUUUAGGACCUUGGCCCGAUGGAAAAGAGGGACAGGAAGCCGGGAUAUUUUGCCAGGCUGAAGAGGCGGCGGCAGCUCAAGCACAGCCAAUCGGAGAAGAGCGUGACUGAGCCCAACCCGGCGGUGAUUUCCUGUCCGGACGUUCCAAGCGACAAGGACCCCAACGAGAACACAGACGUGCAGAGAACAACGGCGAAGCCGCACGCGGCCUCCGACGACGGCAGGAAAAGUAGCAUUCGGGCAAAGGGGGAGAAGAAGAAGGGACCCCCGGGGACAGUGGAGUUCAUUGUGGGACCCGACGACUCGCUCUCCAGCAUCGCGCUCAAGUUCAACGUCACCCCGAACAAACUGGUGCAGCUGAACAAGCUCUUCUCCCGCAGCGUCUACCCGGGUCAGAAGCUGUUCGUCCCCGAUGUGAGCCGUGCGGAAGCCGACUUGAAGCCUCAGAGCUUCUCUGAUCCCUGCUGCACAAAUGGCCCGUCGGAGAAAGCGCCGCACGACCGCACGUUGACAAAGUCCCUCCGGCGCCAGCUCUCCCCAACCUCAGAGGACGAGAGCCCGGCAACGGUUAAGUUCAUCAAGAUGAGCUGCAAAUAUUUCACUGACGGCAUGGGAGUCGUGGGCGGCGUGCUGAUUGUGACCCCCAACAACAUAAUGUUCGACCCCCACAAGUCGGACCCGCUGGUGAUCGAGCACGGCUGCGAGGAGUACGGCCUGAUCUGCCCCAUGGAGGAGGUCGUCUCCGUGGCGCUGUACGACGACGUGUCGCGCAUGAAGCUCAAGGACGCCCUGCCAUCAGACCUACCCCAGGAUUUAUGUCCUGUGUACAGGCCCGGCGAGUGGGAGCAACUGCCGUCGGAGCGAGACCUGAACCGCUUCAGCCGCUACGAGGCUCUCGACCCGAGGAGGCCGAUCGUGUUGGACGACAUCGAGACGACGCUCCCAGAAGCUGGGUGCGAGCAGACGGAGAAGUCUCCUUCAGAUGAGGGAUUCACAGAGUUGGAGCCGGAGGCAGAGGGGACCUCCGCGCUGGGGCCGAGCCGCCGGGUCCAGGGAGACCUUGAAGACGAGACCGUUCCCGCUCGCGCAGAAGUGAAGCUCGGCGACAAAGAGGGCGUCGCUCGGAGCGGCUCCGUCGAGGUCGACGAGGCGAUGCGGCCCUCCCCAGAGGCCGAACCGCCGGGAGACUUGGGCGACAAGGAAACCAAAGACGCAGGGGCCGAGGAGCUGCUAAACGGUGCACGCGGCCAAAGGGUCGGCGCACCGGUCGACCCAAACAGGAGGUCGAGUCUGAGGGAGGCCUCCGAGUCUAAUCCGGCCAAACACAGCCCGGACACGCCAGCGGGUGGCGCUGAACUCAGUGAGGAGGAGAGGCGCAGGAAAAGCUACAAGGCAGAAGUGAAGUCAUGGCUGCUGGAGAGGAUGCAGGCCCCAAUAGAAGACAUGCUCUUCUCAUCAGAGGAGAAGAGUAAAAUCCCACCCAUGUUCCUGUGUUUCAAAGUGGGGAAGCCGAUGAGGAAGUCCUUUGCCACCGGGAGGACCCUUAGCCCUGGCCACUCACUUGGGGGCCGAGGCAAACAGGAGUACUGGUUUGCUGUGCCGCAGGAGAGGGUGGAACAACUGUAUGCAUUUUUCGUCCAGUGGUCCCCUGAUGUGUACGGGAGGGAGGCUCGAGAGCAGGGCUUUGUUGUGGUGGAGAAAGACGAGCUGGACAUGAUUGACAACUUCUUCAGCGACCCCGCGUCUUGCAGCUGGGAGAUCAUCACCAUCGACGAGGCCAAGCGCAGGCAGAGUUUCAGCAGCUGCGACGGGGAACUGUCGACGGAUGCGCUGCCCGUGCUCCGAGAUGCUAGCGACCUGCUGCAGGACGCACACGUUGAGAAGCUGGCCAGUCGCUUGCCGCCCCGCGUGCAGAUCUACCCCUGGAGCCUGGCCUACAGCACCGUGAGAAACGGGACCAGCCUGAAGACCUUGUACAGGAGCCUGGUGGACGUGGACGGCCCCGUGCUGCUGGUGGUCAAAGACAUGGAUAACCAGGUAUUUGGGGCUUUCUCGACGCAUCCCUUCAGAGUCAGCGAACACUGCUACGGGACGGGGGAGACGUUCCUCUACAGCUUCUGUCCUGAGAUCAAGGUGUACCGCUGGACGGGAGAGAACUCGUACUUCGUGAAGGGCAACAUCGACUCUCUACAGAUGGGAGGAGGAGGCGGUCAGCUGGGCCUGUGGCUGGACGCAGAGCUGUACCGAGGGACCACCACCAAGUGCGCCACCUUCAACAACCAGCCGCUCUCCGUCCGGCAGGACUUCAACAUCCACAGCGUGGAGGUCUGGACCUUUGAGUAGCACCGCCUGCCCCCCCCCUCCCCCCUCCCCGAGUCUGUUACGCACCUGCUUAGGAAGGACGGACCCUAGACAGUCGCACGUUGACACUAAAUGUUGCUGCGGCCUGCGGUGUGUUUAACGCGGGAGGAAACGUGGUCGUUCAUUAGCUGCCUUUUAGAUGCCUCCAGCUGUCCAGCAUGCAGACUGCCACUAGCUCAUAAGAGACCAAGAGAGAAUGAGAAGAAGAGAAGAAGGGGGCUGAGGUUAUCCCGAAAAAUAUUUUCAGUCUGUGCGAAAGAACAAGGUAUCCUAUAUCACUUUUUUUUUUUUUUU